AUCUUGGCGGCUAGAAAUACGUUCAAAAUCAGGUCCAUCGCGGAGUAACAAGGGCGCUACUUUUUACACCGGGCAGAGCUAAGUGCAUCAGGCUAAUGUCCAUGGGGAGAUGGAGUUAAAAAGGCGACCUGUGUAUGCUCCCAAUGGCCCGGCACCUUUCCACUUCAGUUCAAAGAUGCAGGUUUCGUGCGUUGCUGCCAUCAGCGUCGCUGCUGUCUUUCUCGCCCUCUUCACCGUCGCGGCUGAGGGCAAGAACAACUACCACGGUAUCGCACUCAGCCCUUACCAAAAGAACCCAGCAAAUGCAACCUGCCGCAGCGUGGACGAGCUCAAUACGAUUGUAGCCAAGAUUGCCGACGAGGGCUUCAAGUCCAUUGAGCUCGAGUACCUUGGCUACGAAUGCCAACCAAGCUCCAUCAGCACCGUGUAUGCCGCCGCGAAAAAGCACAAUGUGGUGGUGCAGCCGACGCUGUUCCUCAACUACGCACUGGCCGACAACAAGACCGACUACGAGCUCCAACGCAAGGCCCUCUUGGAUGCAGUUGCUCAGCACCCAGAGGUGACCGACGUCUUCCUCUUUGGGGGUGAAGCCAUCAAUCGACGUACUGAUACGGAGGCCAACCUUCGAGUGGCGUUUGACAGCUUGGUCAAAGACUUGGCCAAGGCAGGUUUCAAGGGCCGUUCGACCAUCAACGAACCCGUGGAUGCUUCUCUCGCGGUGGCCAUGUGCGACCUCGACUUUCUUGGAAUCAGCUUGGACCCUUGGUACGAGUACGACCCUCCCGGACCCAGCAACGUCACCGAGUGGAUGGUUGGCCGGAUCACCAACCUUCGAAAGUUGUGCCCAAAGACCAAGAUCCACGUCACCCGAUUCGGUUGGACCUCCAACGCUACGGAAUGGGGGCCCAUCAAGCCUUCGCUAGAGAGCAUGGGCCAAGCUUUUCAUGGCGUCAACGCUGCCAUUGGCAAUGGGACCUUUGGCAGCAUUCCCUUUACCGCUUGGGAGUACGACGACCAGUUGUGGAAGUUUGCUACCGACUUCUUGGCGGCGGCCAAGGUGGGCACAUUCGUCGAACGCUACUACGGGCUCUUUGACAAGCCGGGCUUCUCCUUCGACGACCAAGUGGCAAAGUAAGGACCAGAUUAGACAUUAUGACUGGUGCAAAGAAGUGAAAGUGUCUCGUAAUCUGUUUGCCGGAUCAACAGCGGCCAAGUUAAUAUCAAUCUCAUUUCACUUGCUCCUAUCUUUCUCUUGUCUUGUCGCAAGUUGAGGCUUAGUCGCAAGCCUGAGCGGGACGUGAUGAUGUAUUAAUAAUAAACAUUCAAAGUGAAACUAAG